GUUCCGUUGUAAUUAAUAUGUAGACUGUAUAUGAAUUUCGGAUGAACAUUGUGCAAAGUGCCUCAAUGCGAAAAAUACGGAGCUCAAACCAAAAAAUAUUGCUAAGUUGUCUAAUUAAACAAUGAUUAUAAAUAAAAGGAUGAUGAGAAGAAACGGUGCCACCAUUUUCCUGGUUCUCUUUGGAGUUUUACUUUUAUUUAUGCGAUAUCGGAUACAAUUGCAAGACACUUUUCGCUCAUUGAGAGGAAAAAGUGAGAAAGAAAAUGCUGCUAUCGAAGAACUAUUUGGUCCAAGAAAAAUAAUUUCGAAAGAACCAAAAAUUAUAAGUACAAAUAAGAUUGAAGAUAUUGAAAUUAAAAAAGAAGAGAAAAUUGAAAAGCCUCCACUAAAACUAGAAAACGCUCAAAACUGGAAAGUAACUGACGAAAAAUGUGAGCUGAAUCCGUUUUCGGAAGUUUUCAAGAAUUCUGACGAUGGAUAUGAGACCAUGAAAAUGUCAAACGAAGAGAUACAUUCAGAGAAGUUCACUCACGCCACAUCAACCAUAAAACCGGUUUUUGAGAAAACUACUAUCCGGUUAAAUCCGGAUCGAUUUUUGUUUCCGAUUUUAAUGAGAGGACCAAACAACCAAUUGAUAGGAUUCAGGGAAUCAAUUUAUGUUGCGAUCAGAUUGAAUAGAACUCUUGUGAUUCCGCGAUUCAUCAAACAUCGUACUGACAGUCAACGAGAGGAAGGCAGCACUACUAUCCAUCCGGCACAUCGUGUUGAUUUUGUCACGCUCUGUAGUUUCGUUUCUUGCGUCACAAUGCAACAAUUCAGGACUGCUUGUGGAAACCAAGCUGAUGUCAUCCUAAGAUUACGGCAUUAUUCAAAAAAGCGAAUUCCAGAAAUGGAGUCGCUAACCGGAGUCCGGUUUUCUUACAGCAACAAUCCGAAAGAACCGAAACUGAAUUUAGUACCGAAAGAACCGGAAAAUAAAGCGACAACGUAUUUUGGACACAAGGAGAAAGAGAUUCAGGCAAUAUUCAAUUCCAAGGGCAGAUGCGCAAUUUACGCACUUCCGUAUUAUAACAUGAAAAUCAGAUUGAAAGCAUCGCCAACCCACAUUCGUACACAAGCAGAUCUUCAUUCGAUGAGCGACACUGAUGUGUUUUCUGAGAUAAUACGUCACACGCCAGCCCCAAAAUAUCUUCGUAGUGUAGCGGAGGAUUUUAUAAAAACAAAAUUUGGUGGAGCGAAAUUUCUCACUGUUCACUGGAGAUAUGAUAAAAAAGACUGGAUGAAAAGAUGUGAUGAGUUGCAAGCUGGGUCGUCAAGAAAGAAAUUAUGCAAUGAAGCAGCUUUAAUACAGCCGUCUAAUGUCGCCCAAGCGGUUCUCCUGAAACUGGACGACGUAAAAUUCACCGUUCCCGGCAUCACACAUAUUUAUAUCGCAUCGCCACCGAGCGAGAUAGAGUUUAUAACCGAAGUGAAAAAAAUACUGAACGAGAAAAAGUUUCUAGUUUACCACAUUCCUGAUCUUACAAGCUUUCUGAAAGAAAGAUACGCUUCAUGUAAUUUCAUCAAAGAGCAUUUGGAUGAUAUUGAAUCCUCCAUUGAAAUGCAGAUAUGUACGAGAGGAUCAGUGUUUCUACGAUCAACUCGAUCCUCGUGGUCUAGCAAUGUAAUAGAAUGGAGAAGGCACAAUCUCACACCAAGCAUUCACACUGAUAAAGACGAAGACGUUUUCCAACUCACCAGAAAAAUUAUGGAAAAGAACCAACAAAACAAAGUUUGAUAACUUGGUUACGAUGUGAUGCAAUAUCGAGUACUCCCCGUAGUGUGUGAACCAAGUUGGGGUUAGGCCAUAAUUUUAUUCCGAUUUUCCUCAUUUUAGUUCUAUUACGAGUUUGGGGACUGUCUGUGUUGGCCAAGUGAAUAUCCACCCUGUCCAUAAGUUUCAG